AUGGAGGUACUAGUUGUUUUUGUGGCUAAAUUACUAACGUUGUCUUUUCAGGUCAUCUUCUACGAGGAAAGGAACUUCCAGGGUCGCUCUUAUGAGUGCACUGGAGACUGCGCUGACAUGUCCCCUUACAUGAGCCGCUGUCACUCUUGCAGAGUGGAGAGCGGCUGCUUCAUGAUGUAUGAUCGUUCCAACUACAUGGGAAAUCAGUAUUUCUUCAGGAGGGGAGACUAUGAUGAUUACAUGUCUAUGUUUGGAAUGAAUGACUGCAUCAGGUCCUGCCGUAUGAUCCCUAUGCACAGGGGAUCCUACAGAAUGAAGAUCUAUGAGAGGGAGAACUUUGGAGGUCAGAUGUACGAGAUGAUGGAUGACUGUGACAGCAUCCAGGACCGUUACCGAAUGUCUCACUGCCAGUCCUGCCAUGUGAUGGAUGGCCAUUGGCUCAUGUUUGAGCAGCCCCACUACAGAGGCAGGAUGUGGUAUUUUAGGCCUGGAGAGUACAGAAGCUUCAGAGAUAUGGGAGGCAUGAGAUUCAUGAGCAUGAGGCGGAUUAUGGAUUCAUGUUACUAA